GCACCGCCGGGACAGGUUGCGGGGGGCGGAGUCAAACAGCUGGAUACACUGGAGUGUCUCGUGGCGGCGACCAUGCAGGUCGGGCUACACGUUGAAGGAACACUAGCGUACCCCUUUCUUCCUUCACGGCUAACGGGAUUUCAGUAGGUGCGGUGGCAAAACAGCCAGAAAAAGACACAAAACUGCACAAUUUGCGUCCCUUUUUGUCUCCUUUUUUUAAUCGCCUGGCUACCAGAGGAGGAAAGCAAGGGCGCAAAAGAAUCUUAAAGGAAACUUGCUAGCAAACGGCAGAAGUCCCACCAGUGUGUGUGUUCGGGGGGAAAAUGAGUCAUUUGGCGGCCGUGCAGAUGUCAGCCCCACACAGUUAAAUGUUACAACUACUUGAGCACAUAUUGCUUGGAUGGUCGAAGAGGAAAAAGAGGAAAGAGGGUUCACCAAGGUGCCUGAAAUGUCUCUGUGGGUGAUCCUGCCUGUUAGCCUCCCAGCAUUGACCAUCACUGGGAUCUGGGUUGUGUAUGCCAUGGCCCUGUACAACCAGCAUGUCUGCCCUGUGGAUAACUGGUUGUACAACCAGUCGUGUGAAGAGGAACUGUAUUUGCAGAGUGGGCCAACGUUAUGCUGCACGCUUGACAACGUACCUCUCAUCAGUAAAUGUGGAACACUUCCGCCCGAGAGCUGCUUCUUCAGCCUCGUCUGCAGCACAGGCUCAUUCAUGGUCAUGGUGAUCGUGCUGCUCCGCUAUGCCCACGUCAUUGAGAAACACCAAAACUGUGUGCUCAACACGGCGAGUCUUUCCACAGGCUGGAUCUGUGCCGCUGGGCUUAUUAUGGUGGGCAACUUCCAGGUGGACAAUGCCAAAGUUCUCCACUAUGUCGGAGCGGGCAUCGCCUUCCCCACCAGUAUGCUGUUUGUGUGCCUGCAGUCGGCGCUGACUUAUCGCCUGGCCAAGACCCAGGGGGAGUACAACGUGGCCCACCUCCGGCUCUGCAUGACCCUACUUGCCUUCGUUGCCUUGGUGCUCAGCGGCGUGUUUUUCUGUCAGGAGAGCUAUGUCCUGCAGCACGCGUCCGCCAUCUUCGAAUGGGUCUUCUGCGUCAUCAUCAUGCUCUUCUACGGCACGUUCGCCUUCGAGUUUGCCGGCAUGUCAGGCGCCACCAUGGUGGUGCUGGCCGGAGGAGGAGGAGACUCCCUGGGGCGGGAACACAAGGUGGACGCACUGGGAACACUGGGAGGUCCGGGCCCACACUCGCAACCGCACUCACACCCCACGGAAAAUAUGUCCAUACUCUAGCUGGCCGCGCUGGCUCGGUCACGCCGGCCACACACACACACACACACACACACACGUGAUAACCCUUCCUCAAGCUCGGGUUGUCAAACGAGUUGAAUAAUUCAUCUCGUGAAGCUUUGAACUCAAGCAGACCAGGGCAGCAGCCCCAGACUGAGCGGAUGCUGCGGUCCAAACCCUAGCAAAAGCGCUCAUCUUCUCAUUACUGUACAUUGACGCUUUUUUAUUUCUUGUCUCCAAGAAGCUAACUGCAUUUUGCACAAGUGUGAAACCAAAUUUGCCAGCCAUCCAGCCAGCCCUGCCUUCAAUGAUUAUCGUAGGAGCGUUGUAGGUCCAUGAGAUAGAAGAAAAACUCUGCUCACCCUCUCCUGUCUCAACAAGUGACCUUGGAUGAGUUACUCUUCAGGUGAUUGCCUUUUCAUUUGGUGAGUGCGCUUGUGGCUAAAAAAAAAAAGAAAAAAAAAAGAAUAGAGGCUGCUGGACGGCCGAGCUGACAGUAUUGUCUGGUGGUUACAGAGCGAGGAAGGUCAGACCUGAGAUGCAAUAAGCUGUCGUAAUAUUCUCAUAUCCUCCUGAGAGCCAGCAACCCUUCCAGUGGACGUUUGUUUUACAUAAUAGGGCUAUUUUGUUCCCACAUUUAUAACUCUGACAAAAGAACUGCAGAGGACGCUGCUUUUCAGGAGGAUGUCUAAAAAGCGUAUAACUGUUAUUGACUGUCCUGGAGUGGGACGUUUUUACAAUAUUAAAGGGGACCUGUAAUGUGCGUGUGUGUGUACACAGUACAGGCCAAAAGUUUGGACACACCUUCUCAUUCAAUGUGUUUUCUUUAUUUUCAUGACUAUUUACAUUGUAGAUUGUCACUGAAGGCAUCACAACUAUGAAUGAACACAUGUGGAGUUAUGUACUUAACAAAAAAAAAAGGUGAAAUAACUGAAAACAUGUUUUAUAUUCUAGUUUCUUCGAAAUAGCCACCCUUUGCUCUGAUUGCUUCUUUGGACACUCUUGGCAUUCUCUCGAUGAGCUUCAAGAGGUAGUCACCUGAAAGGGUUUUCACUUUACAGGU